AUUUCUUCAUCCUUCACCGCCCUCACUCAGGCUUUUGAACCCUUGGCUGAGCUGGCUGGGCCCAUGUGGCGCCCAACGCGGGGCCUGAGUUCGGGUGAACUACAGUUGUCAGGUGAAAGGACGCUCCAGUGAAGCACAUGCAGAAAACAAGAAGGAAGAAGGAGCAGUGCAGCCAAUUUGGUUACCAGAGCAUUACGUGCGUCACCACAAUGGACCCAGAGAAGCUCCUUGUCCCAUCAUUCAAAAGACUGAGAGUUGCCCCAAUGACAGCAAUACGGAAAAGGAAGAUGACGAAGGCAACGCAAGGGACCAAGGUGCCAACAUGGGGUCAGCUGAAGAAGUUAACAACUGAGGCCCAGCAGAUGGUAGAAAAACAAGAUGCGGAAGCUACUCCCUCAAUCAUGUUUCUGGCUAUGCUAGCAUUGGUUAGCUGCCAGUCUUCUGCAAAGUCUUGCACAGCCAAGUCCAAGGACUCUGAGUAAAUCAGCAAAA